UCGAGGAAGCGUCCAGCGACUGGCGGUUUCUGGCCCUGGCUGUCGCGGGCGGGAGCCCGGGCCCGGCGGGAGGGCAGGACCCGCCCGCGGCAGGAUGGCUUGAGGGAGGCGGGCGCGCGGGCUCUGCCGGCCAGCGGAGGUGAGCCAUGGCGCAGGAGUUGAGCCAAGCCGAGCUCCUGGACUUCCUCUGCCGGGCCGGGGGGCGAGUGGCCAACGCCGCCCUGCUGGGCCACUUCAGGCGCUUCUUGCGCGCCCCCGACGCGCCCCCGGCUGAGCUCCAGCACCGCCGGGAGCUCUUCAAGGGCUUCGUCAACUCCGUGGCCACGGUGAGACAGGAGGGGCCCGACGCGGCCAAGUACGUGGUGCUCAGAAAGCGGUACCGAGAGCUGGUCGGGGAGGAGCCCAAACCCCCGCCCGUCUCCGCGCGCUGCGACGGCCGGACCGCCGAGUCGCCGCCGGUUCCACCCGGCCGACCACUGCAGCCCCACCAAGCCGGGUGGGAGCGCGCGCGCAGGGCGCCCGGCGCCGCUUGCCGCGGUGCAGUUCCCGGGCCGCGGCGGGAAGCGGAGCGCGCCGGUCGGCGCUCGGAUGGAGAACUCGUGGCGGGCCGGCGGGCCGGCAGGUGCCUCCCCGGCGCGCCUGGGACAGGAGCGGGGCCUCCGCUGCCUGCCCAUCCCGCCGUGGGCUGCCUGGAAAGCCCUCCGGCCCCGUGCGCCCUGGCUGGAGGUAAACAGUGUCGCCGGCCGCGCCCCGCGGAGCCAGCCGCCCCGGAACCGCUGCUCCUACAGGAAGGGGCGCAGAAGUCGAACGGCCUCCGUCUACCCGUGGGAGAAACGGGCGCGCUUCCGAGUGCUGGCAGUGUCCAGCAAAGGAUUCGGGACUGGAUAGUUACCCAUCAUUCUGCCUUCCCCGAGCCCUUCCCGCCCCUCGAAGAGGAGGCCUGCCUGGUCAGAGCCUGCCCCCCUAGGGGGUCCCUGGAUUCCCAGCUCAGGCCAGCGUCCCCAGAGGUCUUCCGCAGCAUCCGAUGCCAGCUUUCCUUGCAGGACUUGGAGGACCACAUUAAGCUGGAGAGCUCUGCCAGUGAAGAGAGCAGCAGCGCCAGCAGGGAAAGCAACUCCCAACAAGAGGGAGGGGAAAUGGGCAGGGUGAACGGGUGCAUCCAGAACUCAGUGUGGUGCGAGGGCCCUGAAGGCACCCCUCACAUCAACGGUCUGGUGGUGCCCCUUGCCCAGGCCAGCCAAGGCCACAGGAAUGGCAAGUCCCCUCUUAAUGUUUCUUUGCUCCAUCAGGUUGUUAGGAGAGCCACCACUUUGGGACAAGCAGAAGACAGAGAUUCCAAGUGGCAGAGUAAGGAUCGAUCGAAGCCAAAGAGGAUGGGCAGACCACCAUCCCCAAAUCUGGAUGCCCCCUUAACUCUCGGGUUAGUUCCCAGACAAGGACCCGUGGCACAUGCCCCGUUUGUGGAAAGGCUGGCCCCCAGCACAGAGGGGUCUGCUGAGCACAGGUCUUCCUUGGUGCCCCUGGACUCUCGAGAACACGCCUGGCUUGUCAAGGUGGCCACCGGCUCCUGGAUGCAGGCCCAGGUGCUGCUCCGGGAAGAUCCACAUCUCGCCCUCCGCAGGGACUUCAUCUCGGGUUUCACAGUGCUGCACUGGCUGGCUAAGCAUGGGAACGCCCAGGUGCUACAAGACUUUGUCACUGGUGCCAGGGAAGCGGGGAUUGUCCUGGACGUGAAUGUCAGGUCUGGUUGUGGCUACACCCCUCUGCACCUGGCGGCCAUCCACAGUCACCCCCUGGUCAUGAAGAUCCUGGUGCAGCGGCUGCGGUGCCAGACCCAGGCCCGGGACAGCACUGGCAAGAAGCCUUGGCAGUACUUGAGUGCCAGCGUCUCUGGAGAAAUCUGGCAGCUCUUGGAGGGCCCUCGAGGCAGGACUAUCUUCCCAGCUCAUCCAAUUGUCAGAGCCUCUUCUUCUUCUAAUUCUUCCCCAGCCAGGAAAGUUAGCAGAAAGUCCUCCUUGGCAGCCUACUUGAAGCCUCAACACAUGAAAUGGAAAAGGGGGACCAAGUGCCCCCCCUUACAGGAGACUGAGGAAUACAGUGAUUGACAACUGCCGUUGAGUCCUUGGACCAAGGCAAGGUGGGAAUUCUCAAGAACUCCAAAGAUUUUGUGGGCCCAGCCUGUUUUCGAGCCCAACAGCUGCAUUUGGAGAGAAACUGGACAAAAAAAUGGCACUUUAUUCCUGAGCAUUUAUUUUAACUGGGAUGGGGGACAAUUGCUUUACAAACCCCACGCAAAGCCUGGGGCCGUCCUGCGAAAUGCUCUGCGCAAGGAGACUUCUCUGGGCAGCCUCGGGUUACCCAUUUUAUGUCCGUCACCGAGAAGCUGCACCCUGCCUUUUUUCUGGCGAAAAUGACCUGGUGAGAGCAAAGGUGGUCCCUCUUGAGAGCUGGUAUUGAAGGUGAGGGUGGGAAUGAUGGUCAAAUCUUAAAUCCAUGUUGGCUCUGAAGCACGGGAGGGUCUUUGGGCAAGGAUUUUUAGAGCUGGGAAUUUGGAAAAUGGGAGGAGGACAGGUUGUCCCUGAAGCUCCAAUGGUGCUAUUGAAAAUGCCACGUAUGGGCCCAAGAUGACAGAGAAGGAUGUCGUUUGCACGCUUCCCUUGCUGGCUGUGAUGAAUUAUUAUGGCUUGCCUUUGGGAACAUGUUAGACAGGUGGACUGGAAUGUCUUAAUUAGGUUGGUUUACCUCAUUGCAAAGAGCAUUAAACCUUAAAGAAAAAGGCCCAGAGGUUAAAAGAGACUGAAAUCAACUCACUUGGGGGCUGAAAUGUGACCAGCAGAAACUUGAUUUUAUCUUAUUACUUCGUAAGGUCUGUUAAUAAACCUUUUUGCUGCUUA